UAUAUAUGGAGUGAUCAGAGGUCGGGUGGAGCAGCGAGUCGACGUGCUCGGACAGUGGCAGUCGAGCGGGCAAAGCUGUGUCAGACUGAUGAGCUGCGGUGGUACCUACGCCUCCGUACAGUACAGCGUACAGCACAGUGGCAUUCGAAAACGAAAGGGCAGGAUUUUCGCAGCGCCCACGCCCCCUGUGAGGAUAGACCGGCACGACAGAGCUGAGGCGAGGCUAAUGGGGAGACGUCGCUGGCGCAAGCUUUUCGGUACGGACGGCGGAAUGGCUGAGGGCAACCGGGGGCGCAGAGGAGAGCAGAGCCCGGAGAGGCGUGCGAACAAGAAUCAGUCGUCGAGGGUUACUAGGACAAAAAACUCCUUGUGGUCGCUGGAUCGAGGUGAGCGACGGGUCUUGAGGCUGCUCGGUGGGGACUCGAUGACGUUUUUUUUUUCUCUCGGCAAAGGGGAAUCCUUUUUUUUUUGGGGUUGCCUCAAGCAGGGCCAGGGAGUCUUGGCGGCUGUCUGGAAUCGCGUCUCAUCGUUUGUUGGUCCCCUGGUCUUCGUAUCGGCAGGACGACAGAGCCAGAGAUGCGGCGAGGACCCUCUGCCGGUAUUUAUUUCUGCGUGCUGCAACGCCUUUGCUGCGAAAUAUGUCUUAUAGCGGCAAUGUCAGAAAAAUAGAAGAAUCCGCACGCUGACCCAGACCAGUCAGUCAUCGGACAUGCGGCUGAUGCCCAAACUGCAGACAGACGCAGCCAUUGUCAGGAACCCCGGCACGCACAUCUCGGCGGCGGUCCACAGCUAGCGCCAGCCGGUCGCUAUUUUUGAUGUCAAAAAGCUCCGCUUCGGUGGACCACACGGUCCUGGCCCAGGGGGGUGUUAAUGGGCCAGACGUCGUGCAGAGCUGCUUGGGACCGCCGGCUCUGUGGUUUUGUGCGAGGUGACGAUUCGGAGAGAAAAAAAAACCGUGCACUAGGCGGAAGGGCUAAGCAGCUC